AUGGUGCGACUCAUCAAAAAUCAGUCCGUACGACAAGCUGUUCACAACAUGCCAGAACUCACUACAGACCAGCUUAUAACUUAUGAGGAUUGGAGAACAGCUCAUCUUCUUCUGGCCACAAUAAUAUCGGCAUACAUUUGGAGUGAAACAGUAUCUGAUGAAUCCCUUAUUAUACCGAAGAAUUUGUGCGGGCCUCUCAUGGAUGUGUCCAAUCGGCUUGGACUUCGUGCGAUCAUAUGCCACGCUUCAGCUUGUCUAGCCAACUGGAAGCUGAUUGAUCCUUCGCAACCGUUUUCACCCGACAAUCUGGAGCUGAACGCCUUCAUCCUUUUAGAGUCAAGAGCGAAUCAUUGGUUUUUUGUUGUAACAGCUCAGGUGCACGCCCUGAAGAAGCGAAGAACUGUAAGAGCAGCUCAGCCGAGAUCAAAGAUUUUCGCACCUUGCGUAUACAAAGUGAUUCGUGCUGUAUACCUCAAAAACGAGGAUGAUUCCCAUUACCUCAAUGAAGCUCUUUGCAGCAUUCACGAUUGCUUGUUGAAAGCUACCGCUACCAUGAAGCGAUUACCGGAGCAUUUGACUCCCACUGACUUCUACCACGGAUUGCGCCCUUUUCUACAGGGAUAUAAGGCUCUCAGUCCUCAUGAAAUAGUAUUUGAAGGAAUGGAGGAACUCGGACCAAUGGCAUAUUGUGGAGCUAGCGCAGCACAGAGCUCAACAAUACAGUUGAUAGAUGCGUCCUAA